GCUCGUCGGCAGACAUGCCAUUUGGAGACUGACUUGAUCACAUUUAGGUUCGGGUGUUUUGGUUAUUGUUUUGUGGUCUAGUUUUGUCAAGAGAAUCUCAUGGUGCUUGUUUGUUCAGACUCAGAUGGGCUUCAAAUUUCUUUCUGCUCUGUAUGAAAUAGAAGAGUCUACGCCUUCCCUUUCAUAUAUUUUUGUCCUUUUUUUGGCCUUUUUUUUCUUCUUUUUUUUUUUUGGGGUUUGUUGUCAAGACAUGUUGCAUUUCUUUUGUACAUAAAUAUAUAGCCUUUCUUGCUUUCUAAUGCAUGUGUGAUUCUUAUCAAGUAGAUGUUAUUUCAAUAGUCACCCAGGAGGUUUUUUAUUUAAUUUUUAUUCUUUCAUCUAAAAGUUGCAGGAAUUCAAACUGAAAUAUGGACAGGAAACUCAGCGAAGAGGAGUUCGAGAAAUAAUUGUUAUUAUAUAUUUUUUUAAUGUUGUUAUGUUCUACUUAUGUUUUCAUAGUUGAAGAGACGUUUAAAAUGCAAAUACAUGAUGCAGAUGGUAAUUAUCAAUAUUCAGAUCCAAAUUAUUCUCUUUGUAUUUGUUAUGAAUUUUUGGAUUUUUUUAUUAUCUUUGUUAUUUUCCACUUGGAAGCAUUUGACGAGGCACACCGUAUAAAACUUGCAAAUAUGAAAACUGUAAGGGGAAAUCAAAUAUAACAAAACGAAAUAAAUUAAAGAAAAAAGAAAAAAGCACAACUGCACAAAAAUAUAUUAAUCUAAGAUCUAGAUCGUGAAAGUGGGGCCACUAAUUGGGUAGCCAACGGUCAUAAUAUUUGAAAAGCACAAAGUAUGUGCUUUUUGACAUACUUUCUAGAUCAGCCUUCAGUUUUUCAAAGAUUCCAUGGCGACGCUCUUCUCCCAAGCAGGAACAUGAUAAAAGCUGUGAAGAAGCUCAAGUUCUGGUCUAGAAAGAAGAGAAAGAAGAAGACCCAUCAGUCCUACUAUUCUCCUCCUCCUCCUCCUCCUUAUCCACCACCACCACCACCACCACCAAGAAGCCAUUGUUGCUGCUCAUGCUACUCCUCUUCAACUCAGCCUUCGGCUCCACCUCUUCCACCAUCGUGGUUCGACUCUGAUCUGACCCAUGACACGUUUUUGGGACCUGGGGUCCAUCCUCCAGCUCCAGAAUCAUCCUUUCCAAAUCCAAACCAACCUGAAGAAAUUGUGCUGGAUAGUACCACCACCCCACUCUAUCCAACAUUGCCUGAAAGCAACUCAUCUUAUCAGCAAUACAUGGUUCCAAACCCAGUGUAUGGCAUACCAGUUUCACAAACAUCUAGAAGAGAAAAAUCUGGUGGAAUUUUUGGUUGUGUUGUCAACUUCGGAAUCCAUCUGAUUCGAUGCUUCGUUCCAUGUUAUCGAAUUCGCGAAGUUCGCUGAAUGGUUAUAAAAGUAUAGUUAUGCUCUUGCUUUUGGUAUGUUUAUAGCUUUUCAAGAUCUGUCUGUUUUGAAAAUGGUGUGGCUAUCUUGGAAUGGGGGGUAGUAUUUUCUAGACUCAGGUCACUGCAUAUUGAUAUCAUUCUUAGACUAAUUGUAAAGCAUAUGUAAUUAGACAAGUGAACUGAAAGAUGGGUAUGCAGAUUGCUUGUUUUGAUUCUCAAAUCUGUUUCUGUUUUUGGUUUCUGCUAUAGGAGAUUGUAUUUCUACCCUUCAUAAACAUAAAUGAAAUCUAUAUACACACAUAAGACAUAGUAUUUUAGUUU